AUGUCUGCUUGGUCAGAAUGGCAGCCAUCGCAUAUACCUACCAAAACCGUCUUACUGACGAUAACAGGAGACCCCGCCAGCUUGAUCUCCGUGAUCACCUCCGCUGUGGGGCAAGCACAAGUCGAGACCAACUGGUACCCCUUGUUACAACUAUCGCAAUCCAUUAGAGGUGCCCAAGCAUCCUUGACUAUCUUGUAUGCUGAACUGGUAUUGGCCACUGCGACUGACCAGAGCGUCCAACUGUUGGCCACACAAGCUAUCUUCAAUGCCACGCUAAACUUAAAGUCCUUAGAGUUGGAGAAGAACCCAUAUUCAUACUAUUUAAAUAGACCAGGUAACAUAUUCUUUCUUAUUGUUUUUGGGUUGAUAUUUGCCUUCAAUACGCUCAUGAUCAUCAAGUCAAGAUAUUGGUGGUACAACGUAACUUUCUUUGCGGGAUAUGCUCUUGAAGUUAUCGGGUUUGUAGGGCGAAUCAUAUCCUUCAAUGAUGUUGAAAACCAUAAUGCAUAUUUAACUCAGUUUGUGGGGUUAACCAUUGCCCCUGCUUUCAUUAUGGCAGGGUUCUAUUUCUUGUUUGCUCAAUCGGUCGUUCUUCAUGGUAGACAGUACUCGGUGUUGAAACCGUUAUGGUAUUCUUAUUUGUUCAUUACCACCGACAUCUUGUCUCUUGUGGUUCAAGCGGGCGGAGGUGCUGCUGCUUCUAUUGCUUAUAAUAACCAUGAAGAUACUAAACCAGGUACAAAUACGAUUCUAGCGGGUAUUUGCUUCCAAUUGCUUGCCAUGACGGUUUUCGUUGGCUUCUGGUUUGAAUUCUUAAAUCGGAUCUUCUUCAAAGAUUGUGACAAAAUCGACGAUGAUUCAAAUCCUUAUAAGAAACGGUCCGUAAAGAACUUUUUUAAGUUGUUAUUGGCUACGCCGUCAGCAAGAAAGCACACAAGGAAUGUAUUGGACAGGUUUUAUAAUCCGAAAUUUCAACACAUUCGGUCCAGACCAUUGUUUGACUGGUUCCCAUUGGCUAUUACCGUCAGUGUUUUGGCCGUGUAUGUUCGGUGCAUUUACAGAGUGAUUGAAUUGGCGCAAGGAUGGAGGGGUUAUUUGAUUACCCAUGAAGUUUUCUUGAUGACUUUAGAAGCUCUUAUGAUGUCGAUUGCAGGGUUGAUCUUUAUACCCUUCCACCCAUAUUUUGUGUUUGGAAAAGUUAAUAUUGUUAAAUUGGCUUCCAUUAAAAAGAGACUUGAUGUUGAUGACAAGGACGAUACAAGUUCUUCUGAAUCGAAUCAACUUUCUACUCAAGUUAAUGACGAAAAGUGA